AUGCUUGGUGUGCUAUUACUGGUCUACAUUAUCGAAUCCGUUGCAUUCUACCCAUUUCUUGCCUUUGCCUUCAUUGAAGUCCUGAUACUCUCCGUUGCCGUACUUCACGGUCGGACACCUAGCCUUGGUGUCCUGCUAAUUUAUAUCGCUCUGGAGAUUGGUGUCCUGCUAAUUUAUAUCGCUCUGGAGAUUGGUAAAGCUUUGGCAGCAAUCACGCUUGCGCUCGUGACGGUUCUAUACGACCAUGAUAAGCAUUGCGCAGUGUAA